CCUUUUAUUAUCUACAAAGGACGCGUUCACAUCUCUGCCUGUCUAGAGUGGUUGAAGCACUUUGACGCGCAUACAAAGGCGGGCCAGGUAGGGGCGUACAGGCUGCUCAUUUUGGACGGCCAUGAGAGCCACCUUAACCAGGAUUUCAAGGACUACUGCCUUAAACAUAAGAUCCUCACCCUCUGCAUGCCACCUCACUCGUCACACAUCCUCCAGCCACUUGAUGUGGUCUGCUUCUCGCUGUUGAAGCGCAAGUACUCUCAGCGCAUACAAGACUUGGCACACAAGCGCGUCUUCUACAUUAACAAAGAAGGCUUCCUACCAGCCUUUAAAGACGCGUUUUGCAACGUGUUUACAGAGGCAAUCUGUCGCAAGGCCUUUAAGGCAUCAGGACUUGUCCCUCUUAACACGCAGGUUGUAUUAGAUCGCCUUAAAGUGCAGCUGCGUACCCUGCUAGAACCCCUCCUCCUAGAGACGCCGUGGCAGUCAAAGACUCUAAGCAAUACACAUGAGUUUGGAUCGCAAUCAAAGCUUGUACGCGAGUCCUUUACACGUUCUCCUAUUACUGCGCAGGCAGGCUUCUCUUAGCUUAUUAGAGGCGGCAAGCUUAUGCUGCAUCAGAACGCGCUUCAAGCAGCCCGGAUUACUGAGCUUGAAGAGCAAUUAGCAGUGAUGACCAAAAGG